AAAUGGAAUUAUUAUUGAAAAAUAUAUAUUUGGAAACUUAAAUAAAAGGAUAGGAUCGAGAAAACGAGCACGAGAUAGAUCUGAAGAAGAAAUAGCUGAUAAUGUAUCAGUCAUCUCUAACAACAAUGACUAUUUAGACCAAGAUAUGACAUCACACGAUCCUGGUUUAUGGAAAAAGAAACCCUAUAAAAAUGUUAGUAAAAAUGAUAAUCAGAAUGAAAGUAAAAUGGCAAAUUAUAAGAUGAUAUUAGAUUCAUUGGGAAAAGGAGAAACCGCAUAUUCAAUACUCAAAAAAAAUUCAAAUCUUUUUAUGAAAGCAUCACAAUUAAAAGCAUUGGAACCAGGUGUACAACAAGAGAAUUUAAAGACAAAGAUUUUAGUUACCAGAUCAAAGUGGAAACCUGAAGAUUUUUUAAUUUCAAAAAUAGUAAAUGAUUAG